AUGCGGUUUCUCUCGCAAUUGUCGCUUCUCUUGGUGCUAUGUGUCUCCAGCUGGGCUCUCCACGAAUCCGACGUCGGUGUCGUUGACUGGCACAAGAAGCUCAUCGGAGUGCCACUAUCUGGCUCAAUAUCCACAGCUCCGACAUUCCAUGCCACAGGAAAUACGACCGUAGUUAUCACUGCUACCGACAAUAAUGUCCUAGCAGUUCUGAAUCCAGAGGAUGGGUCCGUUCUGUGGAGGUACAUUUUCAACCCUGAAGACCGGAUAGCAAGCUUCUUCAAGAGCAAGGACCGCGUUGCGGUCCUGUCCGGUCCAGGAGGGGCAACUCUUCGGACAUUUGAUGCUUUACAUGGUCAUUUAAUCGUUGAGAAGCAGCUCCACUCCCCUCAACUCGCCAUUUUGUCCGAACCACACUACCUGGGCAAAUUUGUAGUGUUCAGCCCAAAGUUAAGGGACCUUUAUGUCCUUACCAACGGUCAUACGGUUAGCUGCAUUGAUGGAGAUACCGGAGGGGUUAAGUGGGCAUGGUCUUCUCCGGACCAAACCUCUCUUGUCAUCCACACCCACCUCCUACUCACCAAUGAUGCAAUUUACGCUGUGGGCGCUGCUAAAUCCAUUGCCUCUUAUACACUCCACGUCUCCGUUCUCUUCCCCACCACGGGGGAGCUCCUUGCUUCGGCGAAUCUGCCCUCCAGCAUUGCAAAUCCCCUUCGCGAAUUUAUGGUUCUCACUCGCGAUGACACUGACUCAACCCAUGCUAUAUGGCUGGAAAACGGCUUGAUCAAAUCCUUAUUAUUGACGCCAAAAUUGAGCAACAAGCCGUCGACCGUCAAGGGCGCAGGUUAUGCACAAAUUCUAGAUGUCGGAUUGAGUGAACAUGGGCAACUGGUGGCGACGAGGGAAGACGGCGCGAGCCGCGUCCUGAAGCUUGACGAGGAUGGAUUAUCGCUCACAUCACUCUGGCAAUUUGAGAACUCUGCCCGCUCAAAGGACAAUGCUGAUUCCAUCUAUGCUGGUGGCUUGGAUGGCCUUGGCCGGCCAUACGUCUCACGUGUAUUUUGGUCUCACAAGCAUGAGAAAGGCUCGACAGACAUCUUCGCCGGACAUUUAGGGGCAGGCAACGAACUGGGAGCCCUGUUCCCCUUCGACACCAAAUUUCAUGGCGUCAUCAAUCAUGUCGCCAUUGAUGCUUCGCAUACCCCAAGUGGGGGAGUUGUCGCAAGAUUGCUAAUUACCACCAGUUCUGGCGCAAUCCAGCUCUGGCAAGAAGGUGAUCUCAAAUGGACGAGGGAAGAAUCACUAGCAACAACGACGUUGGCUGAAUUCGUCGAACUUCCGGAGCGCGUAGCCAGUGAAGCAAACCUCCGCAUUGGUAUUGAAGGAUUCGUUUCGCGAGUUAUCCGCCAGAUCUCUGAUGCUCAGGACUUCCCUCAAUAUGUCUUCAACUUUGUCAAACGUUUCGUGACAGGCUCCUACGCCUCAGCUUCCUCUCCAGCUUCAGUACCAUCCUCCGCAAAUGAAACCCCGUCAAGAGAUGCCUUUGGGUUCAGGCAGGUCAUCAUAGCAGCUACCGCGUUUGGCAAGGUUUUCGGAAUCGAUUCUAGCAACGGCGAAAUCCUCUGGAGCCGCGUUCUAGGUCUGGGAUGGGCGGCGGAGAUUGGAGGAAGGAUUCAUCCUGUCAAGCUCUAUGUUACGCGCACAGUCAGCGAUGGUGGCGAUCCAGAAGUGGUUCUUGUUACGCAGAGACGAGCUGAGAAUACCCUGGUCGAUACCGUUAUCUUCCACAUCAAUGCUGUAAAUGGUGAAGAUGUAAGGCGAACCUCAAAGAAAAGUGAUGUAUUCGAGGGGUUGGACAUCAUCCAGGGACCGCUCGUGGAGGGCUUCCUACUGCAAACAGAACCCAAGGCAGUUGUGCUGCUUGAUGAAUUCCUACAGGUAUACUUGUAUCCCAACAACGCAGCCACACAAGCCACAUUUGCAAAAGUUUCGUCUGCCCUCUCCUUCCCGUUGCGAACAAAUGUCGAGGGCCGGCAACGAAUUCAAGGUCAUCAGAUCCUCCUCAACUCUGAAGUCAGCGAUAAACCAGUAGCCUACACCACCUGGUCACUUAAUCUUCCACCAAGCGAGAGCAUCCAGCAGCUCCUUCCUCCGGCCUCACGUGGGCCUGUAGCCUCAAUUGGUCGAGUCUUGGGGAACAGGACAACGCUUUACAAGUACCUCAACCCCCGCUUGUUCACUGUGCUCACGGUUUCUCCAACGACGAACAUGUGCGGUUUGUACCUCGUGGACAGUACGAAGGGUACCGUUGUGUACCACGUCCAGAUCAAGGGCCAUGGAGGCUGUAAUAUCAAGACGGCGUUGACGGAGAACUGGUUGGUAUACCAUUACUUUGAGGGAGAGGUUGCCGAUGGUGAUGUGGGCGGAGCAAAGGGAUAUCGAAUGGUCACUGUCGAGUUGUAUGAGGGAGAAGUCGUGGAUGAGAAAACGUCCAGCUCGGACAUGUCUUCCUUCUCCGAGAAAAGUUUGCAACUCACUGCAUAUGAGCAGGCAUUUGUGUUCCCUCAUGCGAUCACUGCCCUAGCCCCUACCUCGACGAAGUUCGGAAUCAGCAGCAAGGAUCUGAUAGUGGCUACCAAAAACCAUAGGAUCCAAUCCUUCCAACGAGCCAUGCUCAACCCUCGUCGACCUAAGCGAAAGGUCACGGCUGAAGAGGCGGAAGAGUUCCUCAUUGAGUACGAUCCAAUUCUUCCAGACGAUCCUCAUCGUGUUCUCUCUCAUAACUAUGAAGUCGCCAAUGUACAGCGGAUAGUAACCGCACCCGCCCUCCUUGAAUCAACAUCAUUGGUCUUCGCCUUCGGUUUGGACAUGUUCCUAACCCGUGUGGCGCCAUCGAAUACAUUCGACGUCCUUAGCGAGAACUUCAAUAAGGCGCAGCUGGUGUUCACGGUCUCCGGUCUAUUGCUUGCGAUCAUGAUCACACGACCGAUGGUGGAGAGGAAAAGGCUUAGAGAGAAGUGGUAUCAAUAG